AUGUCUCUCCCCACCCUCAUCCUCGCCGUAGUCCCCAUCACACAAUGGUCCCUAAUCUCCACCCUCCUCGUCACAGCAGGCAUAGCCUUCUCCCUCAACACCUGGACCCUCCCCAUAAUAAAACUCAACCCCACCACCACCUCCAUCCCCCAACUCCUCGACAUCGGCCGAAUCGGCGGCCGCACCCUCGACCCCGCCAACAUCGCCGUCGCUCUUGUCCUCGUAUUCGUAUCCGUCGUCCAGGCGCAAUACCCUUCCUUCGCCGUCGCCACGUCUUGGAAAGUGCCUGCUUCCGCGAGCUUCAUGCUUUUCCAGGUGGCGUGGUGGGAAAAGCUUACGAUCUUCCCACUUGAGAGAGCUGCGAUUGCUAUGAAGGAGAGGUUGGAGGGGGAGAAGGCUUCUGGGCAAGGGGUGUGGAUGGGGAGGAGGGAGAGGGAGGAGUUUCAUGGCUUGUUGGAUCGGUGGGGGGUGAGGCAUUUGGGGAGGGCUGUGCCGCCGGUUAUUGCUGUGGGGAGGUUGGUUGUGUGGAGGGGGUAG